GGCAUGUGUAUAUGUAUAUAUGUAUGUAAUAGGUUAAUGAGUUUCCAUUUUCCUUUUCUCUUAUUUAACCCUAUCUUCUUUCUCUUUUCCCAUUCCUCACCACCUUCCAUUGGGAUCGGUUUAUUUGACCUUCUUUUCCCCUUUAAACAACUAGUGGACAAAGGGGUGGUCGUGGAAGAAAGGAAAAGUCUUUAAAGUUUUGAAGUUCAAUUCCCAAGAGAGUGUUUAUAUAUAUAACUUUUCAUUACACCCACCUUUCUUGUUCCAUUUUCUUUCUUCCUCCCUGUGUUUUUCUUUUUUUGUCUGGUUCGAGUAUCUUUGUCUUUAAAAGCAACAAAUAAAAAGUUUCUUAGCUUUAACACACACAAACACAACGUUGGUUUUCAAUCAGAUCUCUCUGAGGAUUAUCAAAGAGUUAUCAAGCUGUGUUCUAUCGUGUCUAAAUCGGUCGAGAAUAUGAAUACUUUUUCACACGUUCCCCCAGGCUUUCGGUUCCAUCCUACAGACGAAGAGCUCGUUAAUUAUUACCUGAGAAAAAAGAUUGCUUCGAAAAAGAUAGACCUAGAUGUGAUCAAAGAUGUUGAUCUUUAUAAAAUUGAACCAUGGGAUCUUCAAGAAUUGUGCAGAAUAGGAAGUGAGGAGCAAAAUGAAUGGUACUUUUUUAGCCACAAAGACAAGAAGUAUCCCACAGGGACUCGAACUAAUAGGGCAACAAAAGCUGGGUUUUGGAAAGCAACGGGAAGGGACAAACCUAUAUACUCGAGGCUUAGUCUUAUUGGGAUGAGGAAAACCCUAGUGUUCUAUAAAGGAAGAGCUCCUAAUGGACAAAAAUCAGAUUGGAUCAUGCAUGAGUAUCGACUUGAAACUAAUGAAAAUGGUACUCCUCAGGAAGAAGGAUGGGUGGUAUGUAGGGUGUUCAAGAAACGAAUGACAACAGUAAGAAAAAUGGGUGAAUAUGAAUCUUCAUGUUGGUACGAUGACCAAGUCUCCUUCAUACAAGAACUUGAAUCCCCAAGGCGAAUAACUCAACCUUAUGUUGCUGCAGCAGCAACAACAUACCAUCAUCAUCACCAUUUCCCUUGCAAGCAAGAGCUCGAGUUACAAUACAAUUUUCCACACGACCCUUUCCUUCAACUCCCUCAACUUGAAAGCCCCAAAGUCCCACAAUCAACCGCACCAAGCAUCAGCUGCAACUCUGUCAUCCCUUACAAUGGGACCAGCACAUUGCAGUCCUCAACGCUCACACAUGAAGAGCACUUGCACAACUUGAACUCACUUUACAACAAUAACACCAUCGAUCAACAACAACAAGCUGUGGAUCAAGUGACCGAUUGGCGAGUGCUCGAUAAAUUCGUUGCUUCUCAGCUUAGCCAUGAAGAAGGUUCCAAGGAAAACAACUAUACUACCAAUGCAGCAGCAGCAGCAGCUACCAGCUAUCACGUGGCUGAACAAAUAAAUUUGCCGACCAAUGAAUCAAAAAGGGCAGAUAUUGGUCAUCAUCAUCAAGAAUAUGCUUCUACAUCCACUUCAAGUUGUCAAAUUGAUUUGUGGAAGUGAAAGCAUAUUCUAGCAAAAUUAGUGCAUACAUAUACUAAUUAUAGGAAGCCACAUUUAUAAGAAGAAACAAGCCUUAAAUCCAGGGUUUUUCUGUACAUAAUAAACCUAUAAAAUGGUAUUUGCAUUAGUUAAAGGACUGUUGGGGUCCUUAAUUUGUAUUGAUAUAUUAAUAUUAAGCACAGUUCUUAUUAAAUUGAACAUUGUGCAAAGUACAAAUAAAUAUUAGUAUACUUUUAGGUGAAAACUAUGGCCGACUGGCUCUUUGGGAACUGAUUCGGCCUAAUAUUGAAAAUGUAUUUGCAGCUUAAUAUUGCA